AUGACAUCCUUUCAAGAAGUCCCAUUGCAGUCAUCCAAUUUUGCCCAUGUCAUCUUUCAAAAUGUGGCCAAGAGUUAAAUUCCUAAUGUACAUCUGGAACGUCAUUACACCUUGACCCCAUAUAGCCAUCCCCAUCCAAAAGAUUGGGUUAGUAUAUUCAAGGUUGGAUGGAGUCCAGCUCGUGAUUAUUACACAUUGUGGUCCCCUCUGCCUGAACAUUAUGUAGGAGGAUCAACAGUCAGUAGUGUUCUCGCAUUUCAAGGAUAUUAUCUUCCAAACGAUGAUGGAGAAUUGUAUCAGCUGUGUUAUGUUACGCACAAGGGUGAAAUUUGUGGAGCGAGUACUCCUUUCCAGUUUCGAGCUGCUUCUCCAGUUGAAGAAUUGUUAACUAUAGAAGAUGAAAGGAAUUCUGACAUGUUGGUGGUGACCACAAAAGCUCGCCUUCUUGAGUUGAAACUUGAAAAAAUCAUGACAGAGAAAGAAGAACUGUUAAAGUUAAUUGCUGCUCUGGAGAAAGAAACGGCACAACUUCGAGAACAAGUUGGAAGAAUGGAAAGUGCACUUAAUCAUGAGAAAGAACAAGGGGGCCCACUGCAAGCGGAACAAGAGGGUCUUAUUGAAGUACCACAAAAUUUAGAAAAGGAACAUGAAGACUUUAAGAAGAAAUAUGAUGAUGCUACAUCCAAAGCUGCCCAACUUGAAGAAGGUAUUGUGUUGGCGACACACAAAGCAAUUGGAAAAGAAACAGAACUGGACAGCUUGAAAGACAAACUGAGGAAGGUACAACAUGAACGAGAACAAGUUGGAAGUUACUUGAAGGCAGAAAAGGACGAGAAGGAAAUGUAUAAGGUCCAUCAGAAGAACACAGAAAUAGAAAACACCAAGCUUGUGUCAGAGAUUCAGACUUAAACAAAUUUAGAUGGGAGCAAAGAAAACAUGAUUUCUCAUUUCAAAGAAGAGCUUGGUAGGCUGCAGCUCUGCUUGGCUGAAAAGGAAAAUCUUCAAAGGACUAUUUUGCUUACUUCAAGUAAGGAAGAUACAUGUCUUUUAAAGGAGCAGCUUCGGAAAGCAGAGGAACAGGUUCAGGCAACCCGGCAGGAAGUUGUCUUUCUGGCCAAAGAACUUAGUGAUGCUGUAAAUGUCCGCGAUAAGACGAUGGCUGCUCUACAUACUGCGUGUCUGGAAAACGAGAAAGUCAAAAAGCAGUUGGCAGCUGCAGUGGCAGAACUUAAACUGAGUGCUGUAAAGAACGACCGGGAAAAGACUGAUCCAGUGGAGCACGAGCUGAGAAGAGAGGUGGAAGAUCUGAAGCUUCGCCUUCAGAUGGCUGCAGAUUGUUAUAAAGAAAAGGUCAAGGAAUGCCAGAGACUCCACAAACCAAUCAACAGGCUUUCAGACCAGUCCGCCCAUCAUGGUGCUUUCCCAAAGAAAGUUGGGAGCCAGCAGCAAGUGAAUGCUGUCUAUAACACAGACCUACCUCCAGCUGCUUCUACUGUAGAUGUAAAACCAGUCCCGUCUGCAGCUGAGACUGAUUUUGAGAUGAUAACAAAAGGGCAAGUUGGUGAACUGACCACAGAAAUUGCUGACAAAACAGAAAAGUAUAAAAACUGUAAACAACUCUUGCAGGAAGAGAAAACAAAAUGUAAUAAAUAUGCUGAUGAGCUUGCAGAAAUGGAAUUGAAAUGGAAAGAGCAAAUGAAAAUCACUGCAAGUGUGAAACUACAACUAGCUGGAGUAGAAGACAAUUAUAAAGAAACUAAAAGGAGUCUAGAAAACCAAGCUGAAAGGAAAAUGGAAGGCCCGAAUCCCCAGAGCGCAGAGCAGGUCUCACAGCGUAUCCACGAGUGCGCACAGCAGAAUGGUCAGGUUCCCGCCUUGCCCGGUACACAGCCAGCUCUGCAGUACGGCAAUCCUUAUGCAGCACAGGAAAGAAGAGAUGGAGCAGAUGAUGCUUUUUAUCCAGAUGAAAUCCAAAGGCCACCCGUGAGAGUCCCCUCUCGGGGACUAAAAGAUAAUAUUGUCUGCAGCCAGCCUGCUGGAAACCUGAGUGGACCCGAUGGCUUAGAAGACCCCGAGGAUGGCAAAGAAGACGAGAAUGUGUCCUCUGCCCCUGAUGGCCCAAGUCAGCAUUUACGUGCGCUUGGCACCGGCUUUGGCUUCGAUUCCAGCUUUGAUGUUCACAAGAAGUGUCCUCUCUGUGAGUGAAUGUUCCCUCCGAACUCUGAUCAGAGCAAGUUUGAAGAACGUGCUGAGAGUCACUGGGAGGGAUGCCCCACGUGCAGUGAGCAGUUCCCGCCUGACUAUGACCAGCCAGGCUUCAACAGGCACGUCCAGGCCCAUUUUGAUCAGAAUGUUUUAAAUUUUGACUAGUUACUUUAUAUUAAUACAGCUUAGCAGUUGGGGGUGGAGGGAUCACUUCAAGUAGACCACUCAUGA